AUUUCAAACACUUCAUUUCUCCAAAACCCUAAAUAUCCCUUUAGCUUCCUUCUAGCAGUAGAUCGAUUUGAUCACUUGUAGAUAACAAUGGAAGCCAAUAGUAGCUCUGGACUUCCUCCUGGUUUUAGGUUCCACCCAACUGAUGAGGAACUCAUUGUGUACUACCUCAAAAACCAAGCCAUUUCUAAGCCGUGCCCUGUCUCCAUCAUCCCAGAAGUCGAUAUCUACAAGUUUGAUCCCUGGCAAUUGCCUGAGAAAGCAGAGUUUGGAGAGAACGAAUGGUACUUCUUCAGCCCCCGGGACCGGAAGUACCCGAACGGAGUCCGCCCAAAUCGCGCCACCGUGUCGGGUUAUUGGAAGGCCACCGGCACAGACAAGGCAAUUCACAGUGCGUCUAAGUAUGUGGGGGUGAAGAAGGCUCUUGUUUUCUACAAGGGUAGACCACCAAAGGGGAUCAAGACAGAUUGGAUUAUGCACGAGUAUCGGUUAAGCGACUCGAAAAGACAAGCCACCAAGCAACUUGGAUCCAUGAGACUGGAUGAUUGGGUCCUGUGUAGGAUCUAUAAGAAGAGGCAUGUCAACAAGGCUUAUAUGGACCCAAAACUUGAAGAUUCAAGUCCCCAAAUGGAUCAUUUUACAGCUGCUAAUGAUGUCAAAGAGGAACACGGGGUGAAUUUCCCAAGGAAUUUUUCCAUUAGUAGCUUUCUGGACAUGGAUUACUUGGGACCAAUUUCCCAGCUUUUGAAUGAAAAUCCGACCUAUGAUUUCCAGAACAUGCUGGCUAGCAAUGCAGGACUAAAUGGCCAGACGUUCCAGUAUGGUGAUCAAAUCCCAUACCAAAGCGCAGACUCGGGGAAGUUCCAAUUGAUGAAUCAGAGUAAUAGCACCUUUAACCAACCAUUAUUUGUGAAUCCAGCGUACAACAACAACAACAUGAAUGGUUUGAACCACUAACCGGCCAAUUGGCAAUUCGGGAUUCGGUUAGGAACUGUGAUGGGAUCGGAAUCUGUGAUAAAACAUUGUAAAAUAGGUUUGGCAACGAGCAUUUGAAUCUUGAACAAAUUGUGAAAAUGAAUUCUUAUAAGAUGGCUUUCGAUCUUAAUAAUGUUAUACUUCGUAUGUCCAGUUCUUCCAUCAAACUAAUCACUGCUUACCAAAGUUUUUGACGAGACGAUCCAUAUCAGAUAAGUUUUCAUGAAUUAUCGUUUAAAGAAUCACACCCAAAAUCCUUUCCCAGACUAUGAUUCCUAUGGCAGUUCAUCUAACAAUAAGAUUCCUUGCAAUUUGUUGCUUGUAAUCUACGGUCUUAUCCAAAAGAUGACCCAUUCAGAUUGGUAUGGGGCUGGUCAAAUACACAGGGUGGAAACCAAUCAGGGGAUGACGUAACUGUGGACUAUGUGCCAUUUGCCAUGCAUGCUUGUUUGGAAGAUCUUGGCGGCUGAGGAUGACAUUUCAGACCUCUAAUGGAGUAGUCAUUGACAUAAUCCUACUUAGUUUAAUUAAUCCAGUUCGAAACUUCGAGCAUCCUCG